CCCCAACUUCCGAUACAACCCGGAGCUGCUCCUGCGGCUGCCCCUUCCGGGGAGGGGGCAAGUCCUGGGGCUGGGGGCCGCCGAGGCGCUGCGGGUGACCAGCACACUCCUGCUUCUUUCUGUGGCUCUGGUCCUCGGUCUCCGCACCCCUCCGGCGCCUGCCCCCCGGCCCCGUCGGCUCCCAGCCCGAGUCGGGUGUCCCGGGUAGCUUGAGGACACGGGGCUGGGCAGGUGCCGAGAGCCCGCCGCCAGCCCCACCCUGCGGGGCUGCGCUGCCGGGCGCCCGGAGCGAGGGGCCGCAGGGAGAAGACUACGUGCGCUCGCCCGCUCCGCUGGCGCCCACGCCUUCUGCUCCAAUUGCUUUCCCAGCCGAGCGGAAAAGCCGGGGGCACGUUGCCCGGGCCCUGGGAAGCAGGGCAGUUCGGCCCCGGCGCUUGAGGUCCGCCGGUGCACCUUCCCAUCCGCAGGCCGUCCGUCCGACAGGCACCGACCCUGCAGCCCCCAGCCAGCCAGACGGGAGCCCACCCUGAGUCACAGGAAACUAACCCAGAACCUGGUGCAGUGCCUGGCAACCCGUCAGCCCUGAGUAAACCUUCAUGGAAUGAAAGAGAAGGACACUGGGUUCCCUCGGAGCGUCCCCAGGCUUAAUGAUUGUCCAGAAGGUGGCUAUAAAGGGAGCCUGGGAGGCUGGGUGGCGGAGGGAGCAGAAAAAGCCUACCUCAGCAGAUCUGGGCACUGAGACAGCGGCAAGCAGGAGCUGUGGUCAGGGGCUCUGUGUCCCACCAUGGCAGCCCAAGGCUACAGCUAUUACCGCACUGUGAUCUUCUUGGCCAUGUUUGGAGGCUACAGCCUGUACUACUUCAACCGCAAGACCUUCUCCUUUGUCAUGCCGUCGGUGGUGGAGGAGAUUCCUCUGGACAAGGAUGACUUGGGGCUCAUCACCAGCAGCCAGUCAGCAGCCUAUGCCAUCAGCAAGUUCGUGAGCGGGGUGCUGUCUGACCAGAUGAGUGCUCGCUGGCUCUUCUCUUCUGGGUUGCUCCUGGUUGGCCUGGUCAACAUAGUCUUUUCCUGGAGCUCCACAGUGCCUGUCUUCGCUGCUCUCUGGUUCCUCAAUGGCCUGGCACAGGGGCUGGGCUGGCCCCCAUGUGGGAAGGUCCUGCGGAAGUGGUUUGAGCCAUCUCAGUUUGGCACUUGGUGGGCCAUCCUGUCAACCAGCAUGAACCUGGCUGGAGGGCUGGGCCCUAUCCUGGCAACCAUCCUCGCCCAGAGCUAUAGUUGGCGCAGCACGCUGGCCCUGUCUGGGGCACUGUGUGUGGUUGUCUCCUUCCUCUGUCUCCUCCUCAUCCACAAUGAACCUGCUGAUGUUGGACUCCGCAACCUGGACCCCACCCCCUCCAAGGGCAAGAAGGGCUCCUUGAAGGAGGAGAGUACCUUAAGGGAGCUGCUGCUGUCCCCUUACCUGUGGGUGCUCUCCACUGGCUACCUUGUGGUGUUUGGAGUAAAGACCUGCUGUACUGACUGGGGCCAGUUCUUCCUUAUCCAGGAGAAAGGACAGUCAGCCCUUGUGGGUAGCUCCUACAUGAGUGCCCUGGAGGUUGGUGGCCUCAUAGGCAGCAUCGCAGCUGGCUAUCUGUCAGACCGGGCCAUGGCAAAGGCAGGGCUAUCGAUCUAUGGGAACCCUCGCCAUGGACUGUUGCUGUUCAUGAUGGCUGGCAUGACAGUGUCCAUGUACCUCUUCCGGGUAACUGUGACCAGUGACUCUCCUAAGGAUGUUGCUUUCUGGACUCCAGCUCUUCACCCUCUCGCUGAGCUCACAGGCUUUACAGAGCAUGAGCUCUGGAUCCUCGUGUUGGGAGCUGUGUUUGGUUUCUCCUCUUAUGGUCCCAUUGCCUUGUUUGGAGUUAUAGCCAACGAGAGUGCCCCUCCCAACCUGUGUGGCACCUCCCAUGCUGUUGUGGGGCUCAUGGCCAAUGUGGGCGGCUUUCUGGCUGGGUUGCCCUUCAGCACCAUUGCCAAGCACUACAGCUGGAGCACAGCGUUCUGGGUAGCUGAAGUGAUCUGCGCAGCUAGCACAGCUGCCUUCUUCCUCCUACGAAACAUCCGCACCAAGAUGGGCCGAGUGCCAAAGAAGGCUGAAUGAAGAGAGUGCAGGCUCUGGAGUAUCCUCUCCCAUCUGUGGCCUUUCCCCUGCACAGGGGUGAUGGGAGAGAGGGAAGUGGGCUGCUCCGGCUAGGACUGAACCAUUGACUUUCCCUUUUCUGCCCCUUUUUCCUCGCCCAGGUGGCACUGGGAGUUAUCAGUGGCUAAUGAGGUCCCAGCUCCCCAUCCUAUGCUCUAUUUAAGACAACCUUUAUUCUUGGACUCCAUUAGCUCCUAUUUCCUGCCUUCAAACUGGAAACCCCUGCAGUCAAGGAAGUCUCCUAUACUUUUCUUCCUCUCCUGGGCCCUUCCCUGCCCCCACUCCACCCCAUCCCCACCUGAGCUGAGGCUCCUCUUGCAGCUGUAGGGCACCAGUGGCCCAUGACUUCCGUCCUAAGGCCUCUCAGCAGGGGGCAAAUGCCAUUAUCAAUACCUCAGACUCCAGGGGAAGACAGGAGGCCAUCACUCCCAUCGAUACCCUGGGUACAGUAGGGGGUAUGGGUGGGAGGAUAGGAAGACUUGUUCUUGUUAUAGAAGAUUAAAACUAGAUUUGAUACUAAA